CCGCGCUCUCGUGAUUCGUCGCCUUCUCGAUUUUCGUUCAUUUUGCUAAUAUGAGUCUUUCGUUAAGGUUACUGCGACCAGCAAUGAGAGCGUCAUGCCGGAUGACAAGGGCGCGGCGUUGGAGAGGGUACGCGACUGUGGAUGUGCCUGCGUCGAAGCUCAGCUUUGGCCAGCCGCUGCAUGAGACUCACCCCCAUCUGCUGAAGCCUGGGGAAAUCACACCAAGUAUCUCCGCACUCGAAUACUACAAUCGACGCCAGAAUCUCGCCGACCAGCUGCCGCCGAACUCAGUCGCCGUCCUAGCUGGUUCAGAUCUGAAGUACGCCUCGGGCGCUGUCUUCUAUAAGUUCCACCAGGACCCAGACUUCCUCUAUCUGACUGGCUUCAAAGAACCAGACGCGCUUGCCAUUGUCGAGAAGCGGAACGACGACGACCACAUCUUCCACCUCUACGUACGGCCCAAAGAUAUCAAGGCUGAGAUUUGGGAAGGCGCACGGUCAGGUGUAGAAGCUGCAGAGAAUGUAUUCAACGCUGAUGUUGCCGGCGACAUCAACAACCUCCAUCGACUCCUCCCCGAAGUUAUCACACGAUCGAAGAACGUCUUCACCGACCUCCCAAAUAGCCGCAUAUCGAAGAACGUCCUUUCGAGGUUUUUAUCAGGCUCUGAGCCAGCACGGAUAGGAGGCAUACAGAAGGUCUUCCGUGAUGCGCGGGACGAGAACGAGAUGUCUAUCAAACCUCUGCGACCAUUGCUGAACGAACUGAGGGUCAUUAAGAGUGACGCAGAGAUUCAGAACAUGCGCAGGGCAGGGAAACACUCCGGGCGUGCCAUCACAGACGCAAUGCGCCAGGACUUUACAACGGAGAAGGACCUUGAUUCCUUCCUCGACUACUGGUUUAAGCAGGACGGCUGUGACGGCCCUGCAUACGUCCCGGUUGUCGCAGGUGGUAUCAACGCCAACACGAUUCAUUACGUGUCGAACGAUAUGCAGUUGAACCCUAAUGACCUCGUUUUGGUCGAUGCUGGCGCGCAGUACGGGAGCUACGUUACAGACAUCACCCGCACAUGGCCAGUAUCAGGCAAGUUUACACCAGCGCAGCACGACCUAUAUACCCUGCUUCUUAAUGUACAACGGUCCUGCGUUGCCCUGUGCCGCGCCUCUUCGCAAAUGUCACUUGACAAGCUGCAUCAAAUUGCAGCCAACCAGCUCCGUGAGGGGCUUCAAGACAUCGGAUUCGACAUGUCUGAUGGCGCUAUCCACAAGCUGUUCCCACACCACGUUGGCCACUACCUCGGUCUCGAUGUUCACGACAGCCCAGGCUUGACAAGAACAAGGUAUCUCGAGAAGAAAAUGGUCGUUACAGUCGAGCCGGGGAUAUACGUUCCUGACGAUGAAAGAUGGCCGAAGUGGGCAAGAGGCAUAGGCAUGAGAAUAGAAGACAGUGUCUGUGUCGAUGAAGAGAGCCCAUUGGUAUUGACGACUGAAGCUGUCAAGGAAAUUGCAGACAUCGAGGCACUGAAGGGCAGCGAGACUAAAUUAUAGACUCAAGGUGGCUGUAAAGCUGCACUGUAGCAUACCGACAUGUACAAACGACACAAUAAUCCACACAGGAUCUGUAACGAUUGGCUUCACCCUUCGGUAAGUCCGACCCCGGCCAAACCAUCGCUAUAACGGUCUCAAGCAGGAGAGAUACGACAUUUCACCACCAGCAAAUUAGUGCCGUAGCCUAUGUAAUAAGUCACAUCCUCUUCAGCAUUUUCAACGCCUUCAGGGCAGCAGUCCUUUACCAAGUUCGUUAAAAUUACCCUCCAACUGCUCCAAAUUGCUUACACGCACCACUACCCCAUCUCUACCUUCCCCUCUCCGUCUUAUCUUAAGCGUGGAAGGAUGAAACGCUCACCAUAGUGCCGUUUCUAGCAUCGUGGGCCCGUGCUUCUUGGUUGCCUCGACACUUCCGAGAGCCUGUAUGUUCCGCGCGCCCAGGUACCGGUCUUGGUAUACUUCGUC